AUGGAUGAGAUGUCCUAUUAUUCUGAUGAUGAUGAGAGUGUUUGUGUGGGACUAACUUUUACUCCAGCAGUUGCUAAUAAACUGGCACAAAGCAGUACAAACAGCACGGACAGCGGUGUCGAGUGCACGGACCAACGUUUAGCACUCGAGUGCAGCACUGGAUCAGCACUCGAUUGUACUGCACUUGAGAAGAACAGCCAGCAGAGCUCUAUCCAGGAUCCCCACGAGAUUACAGUGUUAGAGUUAUUGUCUAAUACUUGUGACAGUGACAUCAACACUAAGUGUGAGACAGACAGUGGGUGUGACGUUAAACCCACAGCUGGUAACCUUGAAGACAUUUAUCCGGGCAUAUCUGACGCGGAACUGUUAUCUGCUAGAAAGCAAAACCUCGGUGGAGUUAAAGGCGGCAAAGUGGCUGCCCUAAAUGCUAGAUCUCUGGACAUUCUCAAUGGUAAAUUCGAUGAGCCUUCACGAAAGUUCGCCCUCAGACCCAAUCCUAGAGCAAUUGAAGACAGUACGAGAAAAGAUAAGAGACCCUGCAACAAGACUCCCCCUUCAAACAUGAGCAGAAACCAGAGCUCAGGGAUAAUCUACGAGAAUGUCAGUACCCCAUCCCGUAAUCCCGUGUACGUUAACUACCGUCCCUCACGGUUCCUCACCCCGGUUAAACCCCGACAUUGCUCCAACAAGGAGUUAUCCACGACCCCGGCUCCGUCCCCUAUCUACCUCACCCCCAUGACAGCGGCAAAGAUUGUACCGGCCCAGAGAAAGGGGCAGGAUACAGUGCUUUAUAAUACACCAGUCAAACGGAAUUAUCAGUCCAGGUACUCCUCACGGGCACCAGCAAAAGAGACCGCCUCCCCCCACUCAUCACCCCACCACUACGAACUAAUCCUCUCUCCAGACUCCACCUCCUCCCUCAACUCUACUCACACCAACUCCAGCCCAGGUCCCUGGGACCCUCCCAAACCUAACUACGGUCCCACCGAGACUAACACCAUCUCCAGCAAGUCAGCGUCUCCUGGUGAUUUCCUUUCUCCUGGCGAGGUAGCAGGUGAUUGGGGUGAUGGUGACAGCACAAUAGAUAAAAGCAUCAAGAGUUAUCACGAGGCUGUGCGGAGUAUGAACAGAGUUCCUUGCUCCCCAACUAAAAGUGAAGUCAGAUCGAAGUCCCCAAGUCGAGAGAAUCCAAUCUACAGCAACACCAGAUCCAAGAGCUCUCGACCACACGCGACACAAGGCAUUCCUUCACGCGGUGGUGCUACGCGCGCAAAAAGUCCUGGGUAUCAAAGGGGACGAAGUCCUAGGGGUAAUAGCCGUAGCCCUGUUAGAGGGAGACAGUAUGUGAACUCUGGAGGGGAUCCUGUUAACGAUCAGUAUCAGAAUGUGUACGAUAACUAUCAGAAUGGCAAAAAUCAGUAUCAGAAUGUCAACGAUCAAUACCAGAAUGUUUACGACAACUAUCAAAACGUCUAUGAUAGGUACACUCCACCUGAGUUACAACAGAUGAAAAAGAAAACAGGUAGACAUUAUAGUGUCGACUCUUCCCCAGGCCAUUCUACCAGUACAG